UUGAAAAUAAUAACCCGCGAUGUUUUUUUCCUUAUAAUAAGCUGUUAUUGUUUUCUACCAUACCAAAGACUGUUUAUACCAUUUUAACAUUUGUACUGGCUAUAAACAAUCACCAGAACAAUAAAAUUUGUACUAGUUUCUACGACGUGCAAAACUUAGUAAUUGUACAGAAUCUAUUGCUACUAGUCACCGUCAGAAUCUGGAAUAAUGAAACACCCUACUAGCUUUUCUUUUGCAUCAUAGAAUGGAAUUCAUCCCUGUCUUGAUAGCAGCAAAAAUCAUGAAUGGAAAUGUUUGAUUGGCCAACUCUGCCGGCAAUAAUUUCUAUCAGCAAGUCUACAAUAACCGCUUCCUAAUCAGUUCUAUUUGUGCGUGAUCUUGGUUCGGUUACUUAUUUGUAGUUUCAGUAUACUUGUAUCAUGGGAAAAGCAAUUUUAUUCUUAUUGAUUUCCACUCUAGCAUUGGCGGGAUAUUUGAAAGGCGAAGUGCGAGCGGAGGAAAGCACAGUUAUCCCGGAUGAUGAAGAUACUUUGGAAGAAGCUGGUGAAAGCAUCACCAUUCCCGCGUUCGUGCGCAGUAAGUUCAAUUUAAGAAUAUGGUCCACGACGGAAGCAGCGGAAAAUCUUACUGAAACAACCAAAGCUCCCUCGAGAACUAAAGCUACAAAGACAACAUUUAAGCCAAAACGUACUCGAUCGACGACAAUUUCAACUACGACCGCUCAAUUGACCACCGAAGAAGUUACAGUCGGAAAAUCGGAUAAUUUACAUUUGCCGGAAGUAACAACUUUGCCAAGUGAGAACAAUACUGUGAAUACAACAGCUAAACCAAAGCAGCGCAAGUUAUCUUCGCCGGGUUGUGGAGAACUGAACGGCGAUGACAUUCCGUGGAUUGCUAUCCUGGAGCACACGGAUCCAAAGGGUGGUGCACGCAAGAAAACUCUUAGCAAGGGUGUGCUAAUCGACGAUCGCCAUGUGUUGACAACAAUCUCAAGCAUUCACAAUUCCUACCCUUUCUGGUUGGUGACGGGAGUUCGACUCGGUGAUACACCAACCUGGGCAUUUUCCGAAGGUGGCAAGAAGGCACAUUUGAGGAAACAGGAUGUUGUUUCAUCGCCGAUUAAGAAUGUGUUUUUGCAUGAGAAGAAAGAUAUUGCAGUGAUCCGAUUAGCCGAACGAGUAAAUUUCACUACAAAAAUUCGACCCGCCUGUUUGCCAGCUAACGAUCGGUUCAAUUACACGGAGCUGUUUUUCCAUGUGUGCAGAAAGGAAAAAUCGGAGUUUGGCAGGACGAACACCACCGGAAAGCUGGUUGCGGUUACAUCGCUUGCUCAAAAAGAUUGUCAAAUUUUGUUCCGAAGACAUCAGGCGGAACUUGGACAGAAGCAGUUCUGCGCAUGGGACGAAACGGGAGAUAACUGCACGGGAGAUUUGGGUGGCCCGUUGAUGGUGAAACUUGGCGGACGCUACCACGUGGUGGGACUGAACUCAUAUGCGCUUGCUAAGUCGAAAAUCGAUAGCGAAGGUCUUCCAGGAGUUUACGUCCGUGUGGGAUCUUUCUUGAAGUGGAUCCAAGCAGUGCUUAAAACGGAAUUCGACGAUUCACGCUAAUAAAAGCAUGCACAUAAUUUACAGUGUUAUUACUGUUUGUUGAUGUGUGUUUGACGAUAAGAACUGUCCGGAAGGUGCGUUGAAUAGUUCAAAACAAGUCAGCCUAUAUUUAUUAUUACUAUAGUCUGUUUCAACUGGGGUAGUAGCAGUAGU